CUAUCGCACCUACAUACACCACACUUCUCUUCUCUCCUAGACAUAUCCCUAUCUACCAAUCUUUAACAAUGACCCGCCAAUCAUGCCACUCCCCCCAUCUUUUCAACCCCUCAACACCAGACUAAACCCCCACGACGAUCUCCCGCCCCCAUACUUAGGUGACGAUGUCACCACCGACCCCAAAUUGGAGUCAUUGGCCCCCCCAACCCAAUUGACGCGAUCAGAACCCGCAAGAUCUGACGAUGAGGGCCUCCCACCCGCCUACCACGCCCUCGAUCCGCUCCUGGCCCACCUCACCCUCGCUGCGCCGCUCAUCCACGCGUCAACGACUACCUCGUCCUCUUCUUUACCGCGCUACCAGCUUUACCAAACUACGACGAAGUCGGGCCGCCCCCUUACGUUGUCGAUAAGGCAUCUGCUGCCCACGGAAUGCCGCCGCCUCUCCACCGCAUCACAGCACUCAGGUUCUGAAGCGCUCCGCUACGAUGACGACACCACACUCUACCACAUCUCCCGGCACGGGCCGCGUGCUGAAUUGCGGGGUCUACGCGCCGGGACAUUAGACGGACGUAUCGAGCUCACCUCCGGCACCGGGGUUCGGGGCCGGUGGUGGAAGUUCUGGCAUGUGGUGCGGUCACAGCGGUUUGACGCGCUGGAUCCAGCGAAUGAGGCCCGGAUACAAAAGCACGGUUACCGGGCUGAAGAUGAAUGGGAGAGGCGGGUGCUGUUUGUGGUGCGGGGAGGGGUGUGGUGGAGUGGGAAGGAUGAGAAGGUCGCUGUUGAGCAGGAUGCGGGGAAGAAGAGCAAGGACGGAGGUUUGAGGAUAUUGGAUGCGGCAGGGGAUAAGAGGGGGAGGGAUUUGGUGGUGGCGUGUUGGGUUAUGCGGGCUUGGAUGGGUGGGGGGUUGAGGUGGUGAAUACUGAAGAAAUAAGUUCUGCUUUCACACACUUCGAAAUGCCUUCUCGUUCACAUCUUCGAUGUCAAAUAUUACUGAAAGUUGAGCGAGUUCAGUGAUUUUUGUAAACGUGGACCUUACUCGAAAACGGCACGAUUUAAAGUUUAUUUAGCAAAAUCAUCAAUGCGAUGAACACCUCGAAACAGCCC